GAAACUAAUACUUUGAUUAAUUUGUUCUGGAUGAGUCCUGAACAAAUUAUGUUAUGGUGUGAAUUUAAUGAGGCAGUUGGGCACGAUAAUACCAUGGGCUUUUCUGCUACAAAAUUAUACCUUGAGCACCAUCUCUAUAAUAGACGCUUUUCAUGGGCAUGUGCCUUUACUGCCAUAAUAUUCACACUCGGCAUUCAAACUACAUCAUUUGUUGAAAGUCAGAAUACAUGCAUCAAGCAGGUGUUGAAGAAUAGCAACACGUCACUAUGCAAUUUUGGUAAAGUAUUAAUAGAACGUAGCAAAGAAGAACAAAAAAGAAAACCAAAUGUUGCACACUUUUUGGUUGAACAAAUGAAGGAAAGUUUAUAUUAUACUGCUAGCCAUGCUACAGUUAAAAAAAUCGAAUCACUUACCUCUUACGAAUCUUCACAAAGUAAAGAUAUAGAUGACAAGCCUGAUGCUAUUGUUUUGUGUGCUAUGUAUCUUUUAGAAUAUUUAGAACGUACCUCAAUUGUGAAGAUUUGGAAAAUAUCAAGAGUUACAAGUCAAGGGGCACAAUUUAGUUUGCAAUUGAUUGCACCAUGUUGGAUUCCUAAAUCCCAACGAUUAGAUGCAGUGAAGGAAUGUAUAUACUUUG